CGACAGCGAUCCUGACCAACUUCCAGGGCAGCAGCAGCGGUGGCGAAGUUUGAAGAGGAAAAUUCAGACUUCGUAAGCAGUCGAGGCGCUCUUCAAACAGAAAACUGACGCAGGCCACAAGCAGGCAGCCGCUAUGGAGGAUUUAGACGCGUUGCUGGCGGACCUGGAAUCUACUACAUCUCACAUCUCAAAACGACCUGUGUUCUUGCCUGAGGAGACCACUUACUCCAUCCCCACGGGAGGACACUCCUACCAAGAUGUGUCAGUUCCCCCUCCAGUUCCUCCUCCACCCUCAGCCGAGGCUCUGAACGGGUCUCUGAUAGAUCAGCCAGACUCCCACCACUCCUCACAGCAGUCAUUAGGUUCAGCCCAGAAGAGCUCAUGGUCCAGGGACGAUAGCAGUUCUCCAUUGUCUCACAUUGAAGAGGACCACGUCUACAGUUUUCCAAACAAACAGAAGACAUCAGACUCGUCAACGGCAGCCAUGACAUCUGCCCUGGGCAGUAACCUCUCAGAGCUCGACAGACUUCUGCUGGAACUUAAUGCAGUACAGCAGAGCUCCCCUUCAUUCCCCACUACAGAGGAGGCAGCUCCACCCUUACCAUCCUGCAGCAUCACCCACUAUGAGAACGGCAGCGCCCCUGACAUCCUAGUAAGCCCUCCCCCUCAGGAGAAACCUAAGAGGAAUGGAACAAGGUUGGAGGAGGCUCGACCCACUGUAGAGAGUCUGCUGGACGAGUUGGAGGGUUCGGUGCCAUCACCCAGCCCUUCCAGUCGCCACAGUGAUUUGGAUACGUCAUCUCAACAACAAGCUAGAAUGUCAGCUUCCUGUGCCACAAGAGAGCUUGAUGAGCUAAUGGCCUCUUUGUCUGACUUCAAGCCCAGUUCUUUGGGCUCUCUGCUAGACCCAGCAGGAGCACCCUUCAUCUCUCACCAUCCUCCAGUCUCUUCCUCCGUUACCCCAGUGGCUUCUCCUUCCCUUACUCUGUCCCACCCGUCUGCCUGUGCCUCUCCUCUCUUCUCUUUACCUGCUGGUUUAGAGCUGCACAUAGACGAGGAUGGAGGUGAUGGCGGCAUGUUGAUGCCCCAUCGGAGCCGUCUGCCUCCCCACAGUCCUACAUCCUCACUUUCUGCAGCCAGUGACCUAGAAAUAGACUCUGUCAUAGACGUCUCUGCCGCCAUGCUGUCAUCCCAAACCAGGUCUCUGCUAGUCCUCACUCAGUCCGCUUGCUCUAACUCCAACCUGAUGAGAAAUAGCUCAAGUCCCUCCAAUACCACCACCCCCUCACUGACCUCAGUAAACACUGUCCUAGACAACAAGUUCUCCAAGUCCCCGAGUCCAUCUAUGGAACGGGUCUCACCCUCAGCUGCUGUUGGUAAACUGUCUUGUGCUCCUGAGACUGUGAGCAAGGGGUCUGCUUGUUUUCAUGACUUUGAUUUUAAUUUCUCCACUUCACCUUCUUCAAAAAAUCUUACCCCUCCCCUCUCAGCUCCUUCGCCCAUCCCUGUCCCUGUCUCUAUAUCUCCACCUUCUGCACAUGCCUCCUCAAAAACAUCCUCGCCAUCUACAGCCUCUCCAUUGAUGGUCCCCUCUCCACUGGCCUUCACUAGCACCAGCAGACAACAGUUAGAGGCAGCGCCUGCUAUCCAGAGAGCCAGUCCCCUUUCUGUACAGCAACCCCCUGUAGUGGAGCCUUCCCUGGAUGAGGCACUAGACAAGCUGCUAGCAAUGGGUUUUGCACAAAAUCACAUGGAGGAACCACAGCUGAACAUGGAGGCACAGUGUCUAGGCAGUGGAAUGCAGGCGGUGCACGAGGAGCUCAUCCUGCCCAUGGACAGAAGUAGCAUGCAGCCAGACACUUUCACCAGCGCCACCAACACCAUCACAGACGACUCCGUGGACGGAGGCACCGAUGGGAAUGGAGAUUUGGACUGGGCUGACGAGGAGCUGUCCAUGUCCCUGCACGAUGGACUGGAUGGCACCAUGACGCCUUACACUGAGAGGCUGUACACAGAUGGCAGCAUGACCCCGCUGACAGAGGCCAGCUGGAUGGAUGAGUCCAUGACCCCGUCCUCAUGCCCCGGGACCCCUGACGUUGCCCUGGACCUGCCCCUGCUUCAGUCUCCCAAUAUAGACAGAGUCUCUGCAUCUGGACACAUCAAAUCAGUGAUCAGACGCACAAAGGAGACUCCCAAUGUGCACCCCAUGUACCGAGACGGUCAUCUCCGCAGGAAGAUGGGACCCAUUAUUGUAAACAAGAGCAACUCUCAGGACCGUCUCAUUGAGGAGCUCCAGGGUAAGCUUGGGAUCGGCCGCUCAGAGCGCCGGCGUAAACAGUCCGACGACUGGCUCACCGAGGGUGUCGUCAUCACGUCCAAACCUCAGCGUUUCCGUCCUGAAGGGGCCGGCAGUGAGGCCGACAAGAUCAUAAUUCCCCCAGAGUCGCCUGUCCCUGUGAGGAAGGUGCUCCCAUCUCCUUCUCCCCCCACCCCUCGUCGCCCCCCUGUGGUAGAAGAACCUAAGCGACCACUCCCUGUACAGCAUCCCCCUGUCCCAAUACCACCACCUCCUCCUCCACCUCCCUCUCCCCCUCCACAGCCCAUCCACGUUCAGGAACCAGUUCCAGCUGCACCUCCGCAGAUUAUAAAAGCCUCACCUGCACCUGCCCCAAUCCAUGAACCUCCUGCCCCCAAACCUGAGCCUCCUUCUCCUGUCCCAACCCGCCUACCACCAGUUGAGCCAGUUCCACCAGUUCCACCCAAAGUCCUGGUGUCUGUAGGCUGCCAAACAGAAUAUGACCCAAUCUUCCCUCCAAUGCAGAUUAUGGCCCAAGGGAAAGGUGGUGUUCCUGGUGGGGCCCCGACGCAGGUCAACAAGCUGGACAACAUGCUUGGUAGCCUGCAGUCUGACCUCAACAAACUGGGGGUGCAGACGGUAGCUAAAGGAGUUUGCGGUGCCUGCUGUAAGCCUAUUGUGGGACAGGUGGUGACUGCCAUGGGCCGCACAUGGCACCCUGAACACUUUGUGUGCACACACUGUCAAGAGGAGAUCGGCUCCAGGAACUUCUUUGAGCGUGAAGGGCAGCCCUACUGUGAGAAAGAUUACCAUAAUCUUUUCUCUCCAAGAUGCUACUACUGCAAUGGGCCCAUACUGGAUAAAGUUGUGACGGCGCUGGAUAAGACAUGGCAUCCUGAACACUUCUUCUGCGCUCAGUGUGGAUCCUUCUUUGGCCCAGAGGGUUUUCAUGAAAAGGAUGGAAAAGCCUUUUGCAGGAAAGAUUACUUUGAUAUGUUUGCACCGAAAUGUGGCGGCUGUGCCCGAGCCAUUCUGGAAAAUUACAUCUCAGCACUGAACUGUCUUUGGCAUCCUGAGUGUUUUGUUUGCAGGGAGUGCUUCACCCCGUUUGUGAAUGGCAGUUUCUUUGAGCACGAUGGCCAGCCCUACUGUGAAGUGCACUACCACGAGCGCCGCGGCUCGCUCUGCUCCGGCUGCCAGAAGCCCAUCACAGGACGCUGCAUCACAGCCAUGUCCAAGAAGUUCCACCCAGAGCAUUUUGUGUGCGCCUUCUGCCUGAAACAGCUCAACAAAGGCACCUUUAAAGAACAAAACGACAAACCGUACUGCCACGGCUGCUUCAUCAAGCUGUUCAGUUAGGGAGAACAUUUACCAGUACAACGUUUAGGUCAGGGCUUAGAUCCGUGUAUAAAGCAUUUUUAGCACAGGUAGCGUGAGAAUGGAUUUUGUUUGUAUCAAAGGAAGUUGUCUUCUCAUGAUCAGGUUGGAUGUUUGUAUGGGUCAGGUAUGUGCAUGUGAUUGAAGCAGCAGACUGCCUUCUCCCAGACUAAAUGUUUAUCACAUCUCGAAAUUUGGUCAAAUAUUUUUAUUUUUUUAGACUGGAGAACUUAAUGUUGAAGCUUUUAUGGAUUUCGAGUUGGUCAGUUAAUGUGACGCAGAAGUAUUCAGUAUUCAAACGACAUUGAAAAUGUUUUAGAACAUGAAAACAUGCCAUUGGGAUGUUUCUUCUAAA